AGUGGGUCACCAUUGCCAAAUUUCGUGUAAAGUUCUCGACUGAGCUUCUAGGCGUCACAAGCUACUACCAUUCAUGAAGUCAUGAGCUCUCGAAAAAACGCAAGUUCAAGGCGGGCAACGUGGUUAGCCUUUGGCUUGGUGGCGCUCGCUGCGUUCUCCGCCUCAGCCCAGCCUCAAACUGAUAGUCUUGAGUCCACCCUAUUAGAACGGGAGCAACAGAGUGCCCAAGUCCCAAACGACGCUACCGUGUAUUCGGAACCAGAGUUCGACCAGGGUGCAGAAGCGACAAGAGCAUACAAGUCUGCUCUAUUCACACUUUCUAACCUCACCGCACAUGCACCAUCACAUACCCACGACGUAUUCUCCCAACCAACCACUACAACGCCCUCUCUUCUCUCCGCGCUUCUUCCUAAUCUACAAGGCCAAGGCCCUCUAGGAAGUGCAAUUCGCAUAGCACUGAAACUUCGUCAACAAUUCUUUAUUUUCCGUCUGUUUGGUGGACCCAGUGGAAAUGCUGCGAGGAGAAAAGAUGAGGAGAUGCGUGGAAAGGCAAUAAAGGUGGUGGAUUUACUGCAACAUUCUGCUGAGCUAGGGAAUCUAGGAUGCGCUUUUUACGCUUGCUCUCAUUUCCCGUCCGACCCUAAACUCGCAUACGAUUCACUGUCGCACCACGCUGCACUGACAGGCAACGCUUCCUCGCAAGCUCUUCUCGCCUUUUUUCAUGCCACAGGUUUUGCAGAUGUCGUUCCCAUCGACCAAGCCCAAGCAUUGUUAUAUUACACAUUUGCUGCUCAGGGCGGUGACAAAGGCGCACAAAUGGCCCUCGGAUAUCGAUACUGGAGUGGUAUCAGCACAAUUGAAGACUGCGAUCGUGCAGUUGAAUGGUAUGAGGCUGCCGCAGAUGAAGCGAUGUCAAUGUUCCUGUCUGGUCCUCCUGGUGGUCAAACCCUACCGCAGACCGCGACGCGCCUGUCUGACUUAGAUGGGGGUGUAUUCGGCCCGGGCGCCAGUGUUGCAUCCACCGGCUUGAACGUUAUUAAGCCCGCAGUCAAGGCUGGCCUAGCACAUACCGCUGGUGAGACAUGGGACGACGUUCUCGAGUACUACAUUUUCAACGCAGACAGAGGAGAAACGGACUUUGCAUUCAAGUUAGGGAAGAUCUAUUACCAGGGUAGCAUCUACGCUUCUGCAGGUGGUAUCGGUUCUGGCUCAGAAGGGGUUGGACGGGUCCCUCAGGACUUCCAUCAAGCUCAGACUUACUUCCUCCAGAUUGCGCGGCAGGUCUGGCCUCGUGACCCUCCGAACCCCUUGUUGCAUAAUGCACCUGGUUAUAAGGCGGAAAACAUCAAGCAGCCUGGAUACGCAGCAAAGAGCGCGGCAUAUCUUGGGCGGAUGUAUCUCCGGGGCGAAGGCGUGAAACAAGACUAUGCAAUGGCCAUGAUGUGGUUUGAACGAGGGGUCGAGUUCGAGGAAAGAGAGUGCCUCAAUCUGUUGGGUAUCAUGUGGAGAGACGAGCUUGUGCCUGGACGCCAGGACAUGAAGACAGCUAUCGAAUUCUUCAGCAGGGCAGCAGCUCAGGAACUCGCAGAGGCCCAUGUCAAUCUUGGAAAGUACAACUACUACCGCGGCGAGUUCAAACUCGCUGUCACGUACUUCGAAACUGCAGUCCGUUUUGGCUCAACGUUUGAGGCUCACUUUUACCUUGCAAAGAUUCACACCCUGAACAUGCGUGCCGCAAAUCAAGAUUUUGCAGCAGGUUUCUGCGCUUCUGCAGUUUCGUUCUUCAAACUUGUUGCUGAGCGGGGAGUUUGGGAUGAUGACCUCCUGAUAGAUGCGGAAGUUGCCUGGUAUAGUGGCACCGAACGUGGCAAGGAAGUUGCGAUCCUUAAAUGGUGGGUUGCGGCGGAGAGAGGGUCUGAGAUAGCACAGAAUAAUCUAGCUUAUGUCCUAGACCAAGACCAGAGCAUGCUCCGUCUCACACGUUUCGCCCCUAUUGAGGCAUCCAAUGAUACCGCUCUCCUCGCCCUCACUCAGUGGACGCGUUCCGCUGCUCAGCGAAAUAUUGAUGCACUGGUUAAGGUCGGUGACUAUUACUACCACGGCCUUGGUGUUCCCGAUGAGCCCGAGGCACUCAGAUGGGAAAAAGCGGCCAAGUAUUAUCAGAGCGCUGCUGACACGCAGGUCAGUGCGCUGGCGAUGUGGAAUUUGGGCUGGAUGUAUGAGAAUGGUAUUGGUGUACCUCAGGAUUUCCAUCUUGCAAAGAGGCAUUAUGAUAUGGCGGUUGACACGAAUAGCGAGGCAUACCUGCCUGUGCUGCUCUCCUUGAUGAAGUUGUAUGCCCGCAGUCUCUGGUACACUCUUCAGGGUGGCAAGGAUGGUCUUAAUCUAUGGACAUAUGAUGAGGAUAAAUUAUCUGUAGCAGAGAGGACGAGCUUGAAACGAGAAAUAGAUGGCAACUCCCAAGAAACGCCUCAGAAGGACAGCGGCGCUCAACCUGCCCUCCACAAGGAGGAGAGGGUCGUCGAAGAGUUUGAGGAUGAUGAGAGUCCAUGGUAUCCAGGUAAAGCUCGCGACGAUUUCCGCAGACGAAGGCAGGGCGAAGCCGCGCGUGCUACUGCUGCUGAAGAUGACGAUCCAGUCCAGUGGGCACGAGAGAGACGGAACGCGGAAAAUGAAAGGGACGCUGAUUUUGGUCCUGAGGACUAUUUUGACGGUGCUAUUCGUGGCGGACACCGAAGGGAGGAAGAAGUGGACGAGUUUGCAGAGACGAUGUUGCUGGUGGCUCUUUGUGCUGUUGUUGCGGUCCUGAUCUACGUCCGCACACGCAUUGUGGAUAGAGCCAGGAGGCAAGAACAAGAACAGCAGCAAGAUCAGGGGGGUCAGAGAGAUUUGGGGGUGUUCCCGCCACCAGGCGAUCCCGCCCGACAGGAGUGGAACAUCGUGCAUUAGUGCAUCGCACGUUAUUUAUUGUGGUUGUAGGUAUCUAGCCAUGAUAGGACAUCAAGACGUAAUUUGGGGCCAUUAGGUCCAGUUUGAAUCCUUUUGAACAAGUAAAACCGUCGGGGCACC